UUGUUUUACAUUUUCUUUUCGUUUUUUGUGUUUGAGAAUUUAUGUGAAUCGUAUUUUUUAAUUCAUUAUGGAGUUGGUGCAGCUGAGGUUGAAGAAUAUAUUCAUUGGUUUUAAAGUUUUUGUCUUGAAUUUGUUUCAAGCAUUAGGUUUGGCCCUUGAGUGAAUUGAAUUCUUGAACUAUUGGGUUUAUGUUCGCUUACGUCCUUCAUUGUGAAAAUGUUUAGCUAUGAUCAGUGCUUAUGUGGUAUUUGGUUUUUUGCCUAAGUUUGUGAGCUGUUGAUAAGGAAAACAACUACUUUGAUUCGAAGUCAAGGCAACCUCCUUGAAAUUAUAGAGAUAAGGGGAGAGAAAUAAUUUUUCCAGCUCCCUUUUUCAUUCAUUCUGCUGAAUUAAAUACAUGUAUUGUUUGCUGAUCAUUGACUGACCGCAUUUGGAGGAAAUAGAAACUAACAAAGGAAUAUUUCCUUAACAUAACCUAUGAUCAAGUGAUACCUCACAAAGAUAUCUUUAUAAUAUGAUUCUGUCAAAUGCCUUCCUCAAAGCUGAUAAUCCAAAAGAUAUUGUGGUUUCUUACUCUCCCUUUUAGUCAGUGUGGUGCUACUGGGCCCUGUAUCAGUAUCGGCCCUAUUGCUAAGUUGCAAAGCUAGGCCCCUUUUGCUAACAGCUGUCCCUUUUUCCAUCCUGUUUUCUGGUUUGUGUGAUUUUGUGGGUGCAUUCUCUUAGUUUUCAGUUUUGUUUUAUGUGUAAAGGCUAUUAAUUUGACUUUUGGUUGUAAUAUAAGGCCGGUUUCAUGUUUUGGCAUUUAAAUUUGGUAUGUAGCAUGAACUUUCGUUUCACUGGUAGCUUGGGUUUCAUUUCAUGGGAUUUGGCUUUAUUCUCCAAGUGUGAUUUCUGACAUUGUUCUGUUGUGGUUCUCCUAAGGUUUGAAGCUGUUGCCAUUGGAAAUUAACACUUGUUUUGUGUUAGUGAAAGAAUAGAGUAGAAAAAAAUGAUUAGACGAAGGUUAUCUGUUCUCUCAACGUCAAUCAUCAGAAGCUCAACUCAUAGCAAACCCAUACUCAGAUGCCCAUCUAUCCAAUUUCAACCCUUUCAGCUCCCUCAUUCUCCCAAUGCUCAUCGAAGAAUUAGUUGUUAUAAAUUCCCAGAUUUUCAAGGCUUUAGAGCGUACAGUCUUCUGAGCUUGAAUGAUUUGAGAGAUAAGGUUCCCAGGAAGCAGCCAACAAGGAAGGGGCGUGGGAUUGGGUCUGGAAAGGGUAAGACUGCUGGGAGGGGUCACAAGGGUCAGAGAGCUAGAAAAGGUAUAAAAUUGGGUUUUGAAGGAGGCCAGACCCCUCUUCGAAGAAGAGUACCCAAACGUGGGUUCAAGAACCCAUUUAGCCUCACUUUUCAGCCAAUAGGUUUGGGUAGAAUUGCAAAGUUUAUUAAUGCUGGGAAAAUAGAUUCUUCCGAACUGAUUACAAUGAAAACACUCAAGGAUGCAGGGGUACUUGGGAAGCAAUCGAAAGAUGGAGUAAGAUUGAUGGGGCGUGGUUUAGAGCAGAUCAAAUGGCCAAUUCAUCUAGAGGUAUCAAGGGUUACUGUUAGGGCUAAGGAAGCAGUUGAAGCAGCUGGUGGGUCUGUGAGAAGGGUUUAUUACAAUAAGUUGGGCUUGAGGGCACUGCUGAAGCCUGAGUGGUUUGAAAAGAAAGGAAGAUUGUUGCCUAAAGCAGCUAGACCUCCUCCAAAGCAAAAGGAUAAAGUUGAUAGCAUUGGUCGGUUGCCAGCACCAACAAAGCCAAUAUUGGAUGAUCCCUUUGUGCAACUCACAAGGAUAUCUUUAGAAGUGAUCCAUCUGCAAACAACCCUUGGAACUUUAUUUUCGUCGUCAUUGGGACUCUGCUCUGUUACCUGUAAAUCUUUUCAAUUUCAUGGUGGAAAUCAAGUUAGAGAGGCUGCAAAGGUUGAGAAGAUAGCAACAGCCUUGGUUGAGGAUGAGAUAUUUGGUGUAGUUAAGUGGUUUGGUUCUGUCCCCCUUGAGAUGUUGCUUUCAAGGCUAGUCCUUAAAGGGAGGGUUCUCCAAGUGCUUAUCAGGUGUUCCUCUGAACAUGGUUGGAAUUUAGUGCCAGAAAUGACUAGAAGGAUGGAGUUGAAAGGAGGGUACUAUCCAAGUCUAGGUGACUCUUAA